CAUGGCUCCCCAGAAGCACGGCGGCGGAGGUGGUGGCGGCGCGGGGCCCAGCUCGGCUGCUCCUAGCGGAGGGGGAGGCGCCGUCGCGGCCACCGCCACGGGCGGCGGAGGCGGGUUCGGCGGCGGCGGCUCGACCUCGGCCGCCGCGCCGGGCGGCAAGUCCGGCGGCGCCGUGGGAGGCCUCGGUAGCGGCUACUCGGGGGGCGGCGGCGGAGGCGGCGGCGGUUCCUCGGCGUCGUCGGCAGCGGCCGCCUCGGCAGCGGCCCUCCCGCCGGUGAAGAAGCCGAAGAUGGAGCAGAUCCAGGCCGACCACGAGCUCUUUCUGCAGGCCUUCGAGAAACCAACACAAAUAUAUAGAUUUCUACGCACCCGCAAUCUCAUAGCUCCAAUAUUCUUGCACAGAACUCUCACGUAUAUGUCCCACAGAAACUCUCGAACAAAUAUCAAAAGGAAAACAUUCAGAGUAGACGGGAUGCUGACGAAAGUAGAGAAAACAAAGGGAGAACACGACUUGCAAAGCUUGUCUGCUCAUCUACAACUCACCUUUACUGGUUUCUUCCAUAAAAAUGAUAAGCCAUUGCAAAACUCAGAAAAUGAACAAAGUUCUGUAACUCUGGAAGUACUGCUUAUAAAGGUUUGCCACAAGAAGCGAAAGGAUGUUAGUUGUCCAGUAAGGCAAGUACCUACUGGUAAAAAGCAGGUACCCUUGAAUCCAGACCUCAACCAAAUGAAACCAGGCAACUUUCCAUCACUAGCAGUUUCCAGCAACGAAUUUGAACCCAGUAACAGCCAUAUGGUGAAGUCUUACUCAUUAUUAUUCAGAGUAACGCGUCCAGGAAGAAGAGAAUUUAAUGGGAUGAUAAAUGGUGAAACUAAUGAAAACAUUGAUGUUAAUGAGGAGCUUCCAGCUAGAAGAAAACGCAAUUCUUCCAACCGUGAAGAUGGGGAGAAGACUUUUGUAGCACAAAUGACGGUAUUUGAUAAAAACAGACGACUGCAGCUUCUUGAUGGGGAAUAUGAAGUAGCCAUGCAAGAAGUGGAAGAGUGUCCAAUCAGCAAGAAAAGAGCAACAUGGGAGACAAUACUGGAUGGGAAGAGGCUGCCUCCAUUUGAAACAUUUUCUCAGGGACCCACACUUCAGUUUACCCUUCGAUGGUCUGGAGAGGCAAAUGACAAGCCAAUAACUCCUACUGCUAAGCCCCUUUCAACCCGAAAUUCGGAGAGCUUCCCUCAAGAAAACAAGCCCAGCUCUGUGAAACCUACACAGACUAUAGCUGUAAAAGAAUCUUUGCCGCCGGACCUGCAAGCAAGAAGAGAAAGGGAUGUUUCAAAUGAACCUCGACAGAAACUGAGAAUAUUUUAUCAGUUCCUGUAUAACAACAAUACAAGGCAGCAGACUGAAGCUAGAGAUGACUUGCAUUGCCCGUGGUGCACACUGAACUGCCGUAAACUUUACAGCUUACUCAAACAUCUCAAGCUUUGUCACAGCCGGUUUAUUUUCAAUUAUGUGUAUCAUCCCAAAGGUGCUAGGAUAGAUGUUUCCAUCAAUGAGUGUUAUGAUGGCUCAUAUGCAGGAAAUCCUCAGGAUAUUCAUCGCCAGCCUGGGUUUGCAUUCAGUCGCAAUGGGCCAGUCAAGCGAACACCAAUUACGCACAUUCUUGUAUGCAGACCAAAGCGUACAAAAGCUAGCAUGUCUGAAUUCCUUGAAUCUGAAGAUGGAGAAGUGGAACAGCAAAGAACAUACAGCAGUGGACACAAUCGGUUAUACUUCCACAGUGAUACAUGCUUACCUCUCCGUCCACAAGAAAUGGAAGUUGACAGUGAAGAUGAAAAGGACCCUGAGUGGCUAAGGGAGAAAACUAUCACGCAAAUUGAAGAGUUUUCAGAUGUGAAUGAAGGAGAAAAAGAAGUGAUGAAAUUAUGGAAUCUACACGUUAUGAAGCACGGGUUUAUUGCAGACAAUCAAAUGAAUCAUGCCUGUAUGCUGUUUGUUGAAAAUUAUGGACACAAAAUAAUUAAGAAGAACUUGUGUCGAAACUUCAUGCUUCACCUGGUCAGCAUGCAUGACUUUAACCUUAUAAGCAUAAUGUCCAUAGACAAAGCUGUUACUAAGCUUCGAGAAAUGCAGCAGAAAUUGGAAAAAGGAGAGUCUGCUGCUGCCACCACAACAGAGGAGAUUUCUGAAGAACAAACUGGAAUAACCAACGGCUGCAGUGAAACUAACACUAGGGAAAGAUCCUCGGAAAUGGAUGCUGUCUCGUGUAUGGCAAAACAGAAUAGAAAACAGAAGAUCUGAAAAGAAGAGCGAAGGGGCAUUCAAUGCACAAAUAAUGAAGUGACAUUUUUUAAGAUGCAUGAACUCUAUAAGGAAUUUAAUAAGAUACACAGGCUCCUAACAGGCACUGCUGGAAACAGGAUUUCAACAAUAUGGUUCCUUUUGAGUUGAUUAUGCAAGUACUACAUGUAUAUCAGUUCUAGUGGUGUAAUGACAAUACUCAAAGUUUGAGCAUGAAGAGCAAUACAAUUUUUGGGAAUUUUAAUUAUGAACUGUACUGAAUUUACAUAACUUGAGUAUAUGUAAACCAGUUUUUAUAUAAAGAUCUUUUUU